AUGGAACACCAUACUCGUGUCAAAUUAUAUAUGUGGGACUUUUGUCAGUGUGAUCCUAAAAGAUGUUCUGGUAGAAAGUUAGUUCGACAAAAGUUAGUUAAAACAUUACCUAUUAAUGCUUCAUUUCAUGGUAUUUGUUUAACUCCUGAUUCAUCUGCUUCUUUAUUAACACCUGCUGAUGCUGAAAUUAUUGCUAGAAAUGGUGUUGCUGUUAUUGAUUGUAGUUGGAAUGAAUAUUCUGCUGGAAGAGGGGUAAAUGAAGUUAAACGAUUAAAAUAUAGAAAUGGUAGGUUUUUACCUUUUUUAAUGGCUGGAAAUCCAGUUAAUUUUGGAAGACCAUUCAAAUUAAAUUGUGCUGAAGCUCUUGCAGGUGCAUUAGCAAUUUGUGGAUUUAUGAAAGAUGCACAAUCCAUUAUGGAAGUCUUUGGAUGGGGAGAGACUUUCUUAGAUAUUAAUAAGAAAGUUAUUAAAGAAUAUACACAAUGUAAGACUUUAGAAGAUGUUCUUAAUGUUCAAAAAGCAUAUACUGAAACUGAUGAAAAUAUAAAAGAGAAAAGGGAACAAGAACGAGCUAAAAUGUUUGAUAUUCCAGACAGUGAUGAAGAAGGUGAAGAAGGAUAUUUUAAUCCAAAUAGAAUGCCAAUUGAAGAAGAAGAAAGUAGUGAAGAAGAAGAAGAAGAUUAA